CCUCCGCCUCCCGCCUCCCGCUUCUGUGGGCCUGGCUGUAACUGCCAGUGCAGAGGAGCUGAGAGGGCCUCCAUCGGGCCUCCUGGAAGGUGACUGCGGGCCGGCCAGCGACAUGAGGCAGGCAGGCGUCCUGCUGUCCCUGCUACUGCAGGCCUGCUGGGUGGCUGCGCAAGACAUCCAGAUGGCCUCAAAGGCCAUCACCUUCCAAGACUGCCCGGUGGACCUGUUUUUCGUGCUGGACACCUCUGAAAGUGUGGCCUUGAGGCUGAAGCCCUAUGGGGCCCUGGUGGACAAAGUCAAGGGCUUCACCAAGCGCUUCAUCGACAACCUGAGAGACAGGUAUUACCGCUGCGACCGCAACCUGGUGUGGAAUGCAGGCGCGCUGCACUACAGCGACGAGGUGGAGAUCAUCCGCGGGCUCAUGCGCAUGCCCGCCGGCCGCGAUGAACUCAAGGCCAGCGUGGACGCUGUCAAGUACUUCGGCAAGGGCACCUACACGGACUGUGCCAUCAAGAAGGGACUGGAGGAGCUGCUGGUGGGGGGCUCCCACCUCAAGGAGAACAAGUACCUGAUCGUGGUGACCGACGGGCAUCCCCUGGAGGGCUACAAGGAGCCAUGCGGGGGCCUGGAGGACGCUGUGAACGAGGCCAAGCACCUGGGCAUCAAGGUCUUUUCAGUGGCCAUCACGCCUGACCACCUGGAGCCGCGCCUGAGCAUCAUCGCCACGGACCACACGUACCGGCGCAACUUCACGGCAGCAGACUGGGGACAGAGUCCCGACGCCGAGGAGACCAUCGCCCAGACCAUCGACACCAUCGUGGACAUGAUCAAAAAUAACGUGGAGCAAGUGUGCUGCUCCUUCGAAUGCCAGCCUGCCAGAGGACCUCCAGGGCCCCGGGGCGACCCUGGGUACGAGGGAGAACAAGGAAAGCCAGGCCUUCCUGGAGAGAAGGGGGAAGCUGGAGACCCCGGACGACCUGGGGACCUUGGACCCGUUGGGUACCAGGGCAUGAAGGGAGAGAAGGGGAGCCGUGGAGAAAAGGGCUCCAGGGGACCCAAGGGAUACAAGGGAGAAAAGGGCAAGCGUGGCAUUGACGGGGUGGACGGCAUGAAGGGAGAGACUGGGUACCCAGGCUUGCCGGGCUGCAAGGGUUCACCAGGGUUUGACGGCAUCCAGGGACCCCCGGGACCCAAGGGAGAUGUGGGUGCCUUCGGAAUGAAGGGAGAGAAGGGUGAAGCUGGAGCCAUUGGGGAGCCCGGAAGGCCGGGGAGCUCGGGCCCAUCAGGAGACGAGGGCGAGCCUGGAGAGCCUGGUCCCCCGGGAGAGAAAGGAGAGGCCGGCGACGAGGGGAACGCGGGACCCGAUGGCCCUCCAGGAGAGAGGGGCGGCGCUGGAGAGAGAGGACCGCGGGGAACCCCAGGUGUGCGGGGGCCUAGGGGAGACCCGGGCGAAGCUGGACCCGAAGGUGACCAGGGACGAGAAGGCCCCGUUGGUGUCCCUGGAGACCCGGGUGAGGCUGGUGCUAUCGGACCCAAAGGAUACCGAGGUGACGAGGGCCCCCCUGGGUCUGAGGGUCUCAGAGGAGCCACAGGACCUGCUGGGCCACCUGGAGACCCCGGGCUGAUGGGCGAGAGGGGAGAAGAUGGGCCUCCUGGAAAUGGCACCGAGGGCUUCCCUGGCUUUCCGGGCUAUCCAGGCAGCAGGGGCCCCCCUGGACUGAACGGCACGAAGGGCUACCCUGGCCUCAAGGGGGAUGAGGGCGAAGCUGGGGAGCCCGGAGAAGACAACAACAACAUUUCACCCCGCGGGGCCAAAGGGACAAAGGGCUACCGUGGCCCAGAAGGCCCCCAGGGUCCCCCAGGACACGUGGGACCACCUGGGCCAGAUGAGUGUGAGAUUUUGGACAUCAUCAUGAAGAUGUGCUCCUGCUGUGAGUGCAAGUGCGGCCCCAUCGACAUCCUCUUCGUGCUGGACAGCUCCGAGAGCAUCGGCCUGCAGAACUUCGAGAUCGCCAAGGACUUUAUCAUCAAGGUCAUCGACCGGCUGAGCAGGGACGAGCUGGUCAAGUUUGAGCCGGGGCAGUCGUAUGCAGGCGUGGUACAGUACAGCCACAACCAGAUGCAGGAGCACGUGGACCUGCGGAGCCCUCACAUCCGCAACGCGCAGGAGUUCAAGGAAGCCGUCAAGAAGCUGCAGUGGAUGGCAGGCGGCACAUUCACGGGUGAGGCGCUGCAGUACACGCGGGACCAGCUGCUGCCGCCCAGCCAGAGCCAACGCAUCGCCCUGGUCAUCACCGACGGGCGCUCGGACACCCAGCGGGACACCACGCCCCUCAGCGUGCUCUGUGGCCCCAACAUCCAGGUGGUGUCCGUGGGCAUCAGGGAUGUGUUUGGCUUCGUCGCGGGCUCUGACCAGCUCAACGUCAUUUCCUGCCAAGGCCUGUCACCCCAGGGCCGGCCAGGCAUCUCCCUGGUGAAGGAAAACUACGCGGAGCUGCUGGAGGAUGCCUUCCUGAAGAAUGUCACGGCCCAGAUCUGCAUAGACAAGAAGUGUCCGGACUAUACCUGCCCGAUCACGUUUUCCUCCCCGGCCGACAUCACCAUCAUGCUGGACGGCUCGGCCAGCGUGGGUGGCCACAACUUCGAAGUCACCAAGCGCUUUGCCAAGCGCCUGGCUGAGCGCUUCCUGUCGGCAGGCCGGGAGGACCCCACCGCGGAUGUGCGGGUGGCAGUGGUGCAGUACAGUGGCCCAGGCCAGCAGAGGCCAGGGCGGCCGGCCCUGAGGUUCCUGCAGAACUACACAGUGCUGGCCAGCACCAUCGACAGCUUGGACUUCUUCAAUGACGCCACCGACGUCAAUGAUGCCCUGAGCUUCGUGACACGCUUCUACCGCGAGGCCUCCUCAGGCACCACCAAGAAGAGGGUGCUGCUGUUCUCAGAUGGCAACUCGCAGGGGGCCACAGCCGCAGCCAUCGAGAAGGCCGUGCAGGAGGCGCAAAGGGCAGGCAUCGAGAUCUUUGUGGUGGUGGUGGGCCGCCAGGUGAACGAGCCCCACAUCCGCGUGCUGGUCACUGGCAAGACCGCUGAGUACGAUGUGGCCUUCGGUGAGCGCCACCUGUUCCGAGUGCCCGACUACCAGGCCCUGCUCCGCGGUGUCUUCUACCAGACGGUCUCCAGGAAGGUGGCACUGGGUUAGGGCCAGGGGUGCACACUGUACCAGGACAAGCCCCCCAGCCCUGCCCAUCAGGACCAAACAGAAAAUGUGACCUGAGUUUUCCUGAUUAGCUAGACGUGUAUAAAGGGGAGGCUUGAAAUCCCACCACAGACCCUCGCUCGUGCUUUGGGUCACCUCCCCCUCGGCUUGCAGAGCUGGUGUCUGCAUCCUCCCUCCAUCCCUGGGACUGGCCUGCCCUGCAGCCACCUCCGGACCGCCCUCUGCUCUGGGCUGCGAGGGCCCCUGCUGCCUCCCUGACUCCCUGUUGCUCCUCCUCAGGGCUGGUUCUCCUAGCAGUUCUUCAGGAAGCUUCAUUAUUGUUUCCUCCCAUUUGCAGUCCAAGCAGACCCUGUUAGCUCAGGUGAGAUGCCGGACUGUGUUUCCUUUGUGAGAAACCAAGGUCAAGGUCAAGAGGAUUUUCAAACAAAGCAUGAGGGGUCAGCUUCCCACCAGAGACUCACCAGUGGUCCCUGGGACCCUGGUCCCAGGCCUCAGAGCUCCAUGGCUCAGGCCAGGGAGUGGGGGAAAUGCUCCGGCCUUGGUUCUCAGAUCCCAGGAGCAAAGGUGCUGCCCAUGAGGGCCCCACACUGAUGCAGCGGCCUGGUCUGGACCAGACGGCCAAAGCAUUCUCAGAAACAACCUGGAACUCUUUCUCCUCCAAAUAGUGGCUAGUCCUGCCUUUCGCUGAAGAUCCUUUUCAUGUCCACUUUAUCCCUGCUCCCUGUGUUUUUUAUCAGUCCUCUCCAUGUCAAUGAUCUCUGCUAAUAAAAGUUUCCACUUC